CCCAGACCCGGACCCGGUCCACUGGUUCACUUCUUUCGGGACUCUUUGAGCAAAAUGCAAAGCGAGCCACUCAAGCCUGGAAGGUGGUGUGCGCGCAGGGCAGCCGGUCACAGGACUCCAGGAGGGCUGCAGCGGUGCUCACGGCGAUCAGACUUGCGUGAGGACACUUGGAGGCUUUAAGGGGGACUUCUGCUGUCUUUUCAGGACGCGAUUUGACGCUGAAAGUUGGGGAUUUACGCAGCAUAUGAGCAAAACGCCAGGAUACGAAAGUGGAGUCACUUCGGGGAGCAUUACGCACAGGAUUUUUUCAAACAAAUGACAACUUUUAAAUUCUUUGCCAACCUAUUUCUUCAUUGCUACAACUCCUAUCAUAGUUCGCGCGAUUCAUAGCCGGCUUUUCGCCCGAUUGGACCCCGGGGGAGUGACGCCUCUGUGUGCGCCAGAAUGCGGGGUGCAGGACUCCCAAGGUCGGUCACCGUCAUCGUGACUCUGCUCCUGGUCACCAUGGACGUGAAGGCCAGCGGGGAGUACUGCCACGGCUGGCAGGACGCUCAGGGAGUGUGGAAGGAGGGCUUCCAGUGCCCGGAGAAGAUAGACGGCGUGGACGCUAUCAUUUGCUGCGGGAAGUGUGAGCUGCGCUACUGCUGCUCCAGCACGGACGCACGGCUGGACCAGGGCAGCUGUGACAACGACAGGCAGGCCCUGGAACCCGGGACCGAGAGCAAAGAGGCCAAGGACUCUGGUGCAGUGCCCAUCUACGUGCCCUUCCUCAUCGUGGGCUCCGUCUUCGUGGCGUUCAUCCUGGUGGGCUCCGUGGUGGCCUUGUGCUGCUGCCGCUGCCUCCGACCCAAGCAGGAGUUGGCGUCCGUGGGCGGCACCUCAGGGGGUGCGGCCGGCGGGGGCCGCCUCCUGGAGACCAUCCCCAUGAUGUCCAACACCUCCAGGGGCUCGUCGUCGCGUCAGUCCAGCACCGCCACGUCAUCCAGCUCCUCCGCCCCCGCCGGCAACCCCCGCCCCGCCCCGCCUCCGGCCCCUCUGGUGCGGGCCCAGGCCUCGUGCUGCUUGCCGCCGGACGCCAGCGUCUUCGUCAACAUGCCCACCAACUUCUCCGUACUCAACUGCCAGCAGGCCACCCAGAUCAUGCCCCACCAGGGACAGUUCCUGCACCCGCAGUACAUCGGGUACGCCCACCCUGUGUCCCCGGCUCCCACCUUCAUAGACCCCACGCAAGGCGGGUACAGGCCCCUCCAGUCCCCUUGCCCUCCUCAAGCUGGGGGUUCCAGCGUCGCCAGUGAGCAGAAAUACCCCCCCGUGACGGUGUGAGGGGCAGCCGGGCGGCCUGGGACCUUUUUGCCGACAAAUGUGGCAUCCGUUGGAUGUCAUGUUGAGGGUGCUGCAUCAAGAAAAUACUUGCAAGUACGGAAGUCUGAGUGAUGGUUGGAUGAUUCUUAGCCGUGAGCACAAGCUGCGCUUACAGGUGACGUGCACAUCGGCACUUGACAACAUUUGUGCGGUCAAAGUGUGUGUGUGUGUGUGUGUGAGAGAGGUGAAGUGUGAAGUGCGUUAAGGGGAUGUGGUCCAGCGAGUGAUGGCAAACGCAGGUGGCGCCAUGUUGAAAUCUCCCUGCAGACUAUUUAAACUCUAAUGAAGUGAGCACAGGACAUGGUCUGUGACGCUCCGCCCACCGGCCCCCGCUGCUGCCACCCACAAGAAAAAACAUACAGUAGAAAGUCUCACACACUCACACAAGGCCAAAUAUGUCGUCUCCCGGGAACGCUCCUGGGUUUUUAUGACCGUUUGGGGAAAAAAAACGAACGGUAUCGGCUCAGUGAAUAAGUCACAUCCACACGGGAACGGAUCACUUGGUGACCAACAUGUGGCGCACACACAGAACCACGUGACACACCACAACUAUAGAAGACAUGCACACAAGGUCUAGACCAGGGGUGGGCAAACUUUUUGACUCGCGGGCCGCAUUGACUUAACAAAAUUGACGGGGGUGGGGGGGCAUACUAUAUAUUCUACACGUAACAGUCUACCUGGAAUUAUUGUAUCUGUAAAAAUGUAGUGCAAUCAGCUAUAUGUACUUGUACCAUGGUGUACCAAGGUUGUACCAUGAUGCCAGGUUGUACUAUGUUAAGUUUCAAUGAAAUACUUUGGGCCGUAUUCAAACACUUGGCGGGCCGCAUGUGGCCCCCGGGCCGUAGUUUGCCCAUCUCUGGUCUAGACUGACAAAGAGUAAAAGACAAAGUCUGGAUGGCAGCAUCCAUUUUCUAGGCCGCUUUUUGGCAGCAGUACACCAUAAACCGCCCAUUUCUGCUCACAUGACAGUGACAUCAUCCAUUCCAGGAAGUAAUAGUUCGACUCUCCCACCGUGACGGCGUUUUGCAAACAUACCGUUCAGGCACCCACAGCCGUUGCCGUGUGGAUGAAAGGCGGCGUGAAGAUUACGGCCGGAGUGGAAAGACUUCUCGCCCCUCCUGUGACGACGGGGGCGGUGGGGUGGGUGGCGGCGGUGGGCGGGGUGUUGCUGUAUUUAAUACUUGCACAGUUGAGUGCUGACAGGCCAAGCAGGCCCCCGUCACCAUUUCCUUCAAAAUAAAAGCAUACACAGAAGAGAAUAUUGAAUGGAAUAUUAUUAGGGGUCCUAAUAAUAAAAUAAAAAACAUUUCAAGGCAGCUUCAGUUUCUGGUUUUCAGAAUAAAAUGUCAAACUUGGAUAUAGCGCUGAGCUACGGUGCUAACAUGACUCACAUUUCAUCAGCAACAUCAUGCUAGCUUAGCUCUUUGCUGAAGAAAACGUAAAUACGGUAAGCCCUCCUUUCAUGUGGUUAAUUACUUCCACACGGAAAACAGAUUUCCAAUCUUCCAAGUAAGUAUUCCAACAUGAUGAAAGCCAUCUAGACAUGGAAUAUCAGCCAUAUAGCCACCUUUACAAUCAUAUUACCCAAUAUCACGGAUAUCAUCACAAAAAUAAGCCAUUUAAAAUGGCGGGGGGCAGAAUCAGUGGCGGACAGGAAGUGACGUUUUAGCUCAAUGUAAGCCGUGUUCUGAUGAUGAUGAUUGUGCCUGUUGUGAGAUAAUUUAAAGCUGCAAUAAAAGCCUGU